AUGCACGGCACAACGAGUACACCGCUCGACACGCCUUCGCAUGGUCACAAAGCUCUUUUAUCACCAUCGAUUGAAUACAGAGCCGAGAGCGCAUCAUAUCAUUCGCGAUUCGGUGAUGACCACAGAAUCUUUGCUGAUCGUGUACGCGAAGGCAAGAAUGAAGCUAAUGAUAAAAAUGCCCGACCGGCCGCCGGAGGUGCAUCCAACUUGGAUGGUGGUUUGAUGGGUACGGGAGAAGUGGGUCAUUUUGGUCCGGGCGUACGUGCAAAAGUGUCUGAAUUGAUCGAGGCAUUCAUCGGCACGGUUCCUCUAUCCGGUAUAGAAGGUGAAACUGUCAAUAUGAUGGAGUAUGGUGCUCUCAAUUCCCGAUCUGGAACCCUCUUCCGCCCAGCCAUCUCAGCCUUAGCUAAAAGGGCAAUCGCAAAGGAGGAAAGCGAUGAAGAAGGAAAGAAAGAAGAAGGAAAGGAAGAAGAUGAAAACAAGGAAGAAGGAAGCAAAAUUGACACCAAGCAAAGCUACUUCCAAGGUCGCCAACAUCAAUCUGCAUUCCAAGUACAAGACAGUAAGAUCAAUGUCUGUGUCACUCACGAAGAUGCUCCUUCGACCGAUUUCCGUGCAAUGACGCAAAUGCUGGAAACACAUCAUGACUCAUACUUGAACGCUCAUUGGCAAGCCAGACAUGUACCGUGUCUCACCAACACAAUCUUCCCAAGUUUUGCCGCUCGUCCGUUCGUAUCAAGAUUGGCCCCUCCUAAUACGAUGCAUCUCGGUAUCAGCUUAAUGGAUAUGCAUUGGACUCAUACGCCAAACAAUGUUCACGUCAGUCGAGCAACUACUGCACAAGCUGAAUUGACAGCGUUCCUCAAUUCUCGUGCCAAUGAGUUCAAAAAGGAUGGAUUGCUUUUCAUGGCUUACAUCGCUCGCAGUGACGAGCCAAAUCGACCAUCUCUGGGCCCAGAUCGUCUUUCCUCAGACCCUGCGAUGACUGACGACGAAAAUUCCACAUACUCCACCUCUCCUAUGGAGAAGAAUUCAAACAACAUCACAAACGCUCAAGCAUUCCGAGCACCAAAGAAGGACAUUUGGACAACUUUAAGCAAUGUAUUGGCACCAUGCAUUCAGCGAUUGGUAUCAUGCUAUAUGCUGAAAUCCGAUGUUGCUCGUCACCUCUUGGAUCUUCCCAUGCAUCCCCGAACAGCCAAGCAAACAAAAGCAGCGUUAAAGAGUGUUGAGGAUAAGUGGAAGUUGGAAUGGAGUUGCGGUCUGGGUCAUAGUGACAAUGCAAGCUCUGCAUCUUCCUUGCCCAAUGAACCAACACCCUUACGUUUGGCACAUCCGGCGUGGAAAGCAUUCGAGUCAGGAUGCUUAUCAAGAGUAGCAUUUACCGAACAUAUGAUUCAAUUGUUCAAGAAUCUGUACGAUUCUCAUUUCCGCGACGUAUUACGCGAAAAAGGUCGUUUGAGCAAAGGAGCUGCUGAUUAUUUACUCGACUAUCUCUGGGACGCCCUGUUCAGCCGUAUCAAUGAUGAUACUACUUCUCCUAACGCAAAAGAUAUCGAGAUCGAAAUUUGUGUCUACGCUUUACGCCGUCUUUAA